CGUAUUCUCGUGAUAAAAACUUACUUUAUCCUAUAUAUAAUAAAUCAAAGUUUUCCUCUUCAUAAUAUUAGUGCAGAUUUUCUUACGUGCCUGAGGUGUGCUCUUGCUCUGUAUUCACAAUCUUGUUGAUACUCAAAAUAAAUUACAAUGGUUCUCGCCCAUAAUAUUAAUGAGGGGUUGAGAACUCGAGACGUUCAAAUUUCGGAAGAUGUUACCUUUGAAACGAUGCUGCUUUCGCCAAAUACUUUGGAUGGUUUGACUAAUUGCGGUUUUUAUAAACCUUCUCCUAUUCAGCUACACGCUAUACCUUUAGGAAAAUGUGGUUUCGAUCUAAUACUUGAAGCUAAGUCAGGCACUGGUAAAACAGCAGUUUUUACAGUAAUAGCCCUGGAAAAACUGGACUUGAAGAAAGGCUUGCAGACUAUUAUCUUAGCCCCAACUAGAGAGAUUGCAUCACAAAUAUCCAAUGUCAUCACACAAAUUGGAUCACAUUACAAAAAUUUGAAUGUUGAAGUUGUAAUAGGUGGAUUGCCUGUUCAUGAAGACAUAGCUAAAUUAAAAAACAAAGUGCAUGUUGUUGUCGGAAGUCCUGGGCGACUAAGGCAUUUGAUCCAAGCAAAUCACAUGGAUAUAUCAGCUGUUCGAUUACUGGUUCUUGAUGAAGCAGAUAAAUUAAUGGAUAAGAAUUUUCAAGCAGACAUUAACUAUAUAUUUUCAGUAUUACCUAAAGAAAAGCAAGUCAUAAUGAGUAGCGCCACUUAUCCUCAAGUAUUAAAAUCUGUUAUGACUAAAUAUGUUCAGAAUGCUCAACACAUCUGCCCUGACAGCACAACAGUACUCAUAGGAAUCAAACAAUUAAUACUAACAGUUAAAAGUAACUCAAAUAUUGUAAGACAAACUAAAAACCGAUUUGAUGAACUGCUUAAAAUAUUAUCAAAAAAGAAUUUUAAACAAUGUUUGAUCUUUUGCAAUUACCAAGUAAGAGUAAGAGGUUUAUGUCAGAUGUUGUUGCGUGAAAAGUGGCCUGCAGAGAAAUUACAUGGUCAACAGGAACAAACUGAUCGUCUAGAUGCUCUAAAAAUGCUACAAGAUUAUAAGUGUAGAAUAUUAAUAUCUACCGACUUAGCAGCUAGAGGUAUUGAUGCAUCCAAUGUAGAUUUAGUUAUAAAUUUUGAGCCUCCUUAUGAUUGGCAAACAUACUUGCAUAGAAUUGGAAGGGCUGGAAGAUUUGGAUCUUAUGGUACUGCUGUCACUAUCCUUAGUGAAGGACAAGAAGAGUCAACAUUUAAAAAAAUGAUUAGAUCUAUAAAUGGUUUGGUGUUUAAGAAUUUUUGGGACGAAGAAAACAUAGAUCUUGACAAUUGUGAUGAUUGCAUUGAUACAUUAUGCUAUAAGGGCAUUGAAAAAAAUGAAGUGUGUGCUAAAGUCAUAGACAAAUUAACAAAUAGAAAAUCUAAAAAUGAUGAAGAAACAGAAAGUUUUGAGGCAUUAUGCAAGUCAUUUCAAGAAACAAAAGAAAUCGAAAUUGAAUCAUUUGAUGAUUUACUAACUUGUUUUAAGUCACACAAAGAAAGUUUAACUCAAGAUAACAAUAAUGAAUGUGCUCUAAACUUAAGUAUGCAAACCAAGGAAUCUAUAAAUUUGAAUACAAAUGAAAAUAUAGAAAGCAUUGAUAUUAAACAUUCAAAGAAUCAGAAUGUAAAGGUAUGUACAAAAGAAACAUGUAAUACUAACAUAAAACAUGAGGCACCUCUGGAAACCCAUUCAGAUGCGCCAGAUAAAUUGUUACACACUCAUGAAUUAUCUGAUUUAGAAUAUAACGAAUCUUUAAAACCGUUGUUAGAAGCAGGGCUUCCAACAUCUUUUCAAUCCAGAAAAUACAAAACAAAGAAAAGUCAUCCCCCACAGCACCAUAAUUAUGGAUAUGAAAUUGAAAAUACUUCACAAAAGCAUACUACUAAUAAAGCUACAAAAGUGGUAAAUAAGAAAAGAACUAUGCGUAAACAAAGAAAAACAAGCAUUAGUCAAGAAACUGACAAAUGUAUGGCUGGACGGGAAUUAGUAACGCCUGGCCGAGAAAAACAUCGAAAAGUCUCAUUUAAGUCAACAUCCUCCAAUGAAACAAUAGAUAAUGAGAUUGAGAAUCAAUAUAGUUGCGAUGCCAAAAAUGUGUCGCCAUUGUAUAAUCAAGAAAUAGAUCAGUUUGCUAAUUUAAGAUAUGUGAAUUGGUAUAAGAACUUAAAAAUGCAUGUAGAACAAGUUCGAAUGUCCUUGUAUAUUGAAGAGUUAUCCAAGGUAUAGAAUGAGAUAUUGUAAAUGUGUAUAAAUAAAAACCAGUUGAUGUAAAUAAAACAUAUCAAAAUGU